GGCCUCGUCCUCUCCUCCCAUUGGUUUUGGCAGAUGCCACAUCCCAUAGCUCCACCAGUCACCGCCGCACAGUGGCCCUUAAGCGAGGAGCGGCGGCGCCCGCAGCAAUCACAGCAGUGCGGACGUCGUGGGUGUUUGGUGUGAGGCUGCGUGCCGCCGCGAGUUCUCACGGUCCCGCCGGCGCCACCACCGCGGUCACUCACCGCCGCCGCCACCACUGCCACCACGGUCGCCUGCCACAGGUUUCUGCAGUUGAACUCCAAGGUGCAGAAUGGUUUGGAAAGUAGCUGUAUUCCUCAGUGUGGCCCUGGUCAUUGGUGCUGUUCCUAUAGAUGAUCCUGAAGAUGGAGGCAAGCACUGGGUGGUGAUCGUGGCGGGUUCAAAUGGCUGGUAUAAUUAUAGGCACCAGGCAGAUGCGUGCCAUGCCUACCAGAUCAUUCACCGGAAUGGGAUUCCUGACGAGCAGAUCGUUGUGAUGAUGUACGAUGACAUUGCGUACUCUGAAGACAAUCCCACUCCAGGAAUUGUGAUCAACAGACCCAAUGGCACAGAUGUCUAUCAGGGAGUCCCGAAGGACUACACCGGAGAGGAUGUUACCCCACAAAAUUUCCUUGCUGUGUUGAGAGGCGAUGCAGAAGCAGUGAAGGGCAUAGGAUCCGGGAAAGUCCUGAAGAGCGGCCCCCAGGAUCACGUGUUCGUUUACUUCACUGACCAUGGAUCUACUGGAAUACUGGUUUUUCCCAAUGAAGAUCUUCAUGUAGAGGACCUGAAUGAGACCAUCCAUUACAUGUACAAACACAAAAUGUACCGAAAGAUGGUGUUCUACAUUGAAGCCUGUGAGUCUGGGUCCAUGAUGAACCACCUGCCGGAUAACAUCAAUGUUUAUGCAACUACUGCUGCCAACCCCAGAGAGUCAUCCUACGCCUGUUACUAUGAUGAGAAGAGGUCCACGUACCUGGGGGACUGGUACAGUGUCAACUGGAUGGAAGACUCGGACGUGGAAGACCUGACUAAAGAGACCCUGCACAAGCAGUACCACCUGGUAAAAUCGCACACCAACACCAGCCACGUCAUGCAGUAUGGAAACAAAACAAUCUCCACCAUGAAAGUGAUGCAGUUUCAGGGUAUGAAGCACAAAGCCAGUUCUCCUAUCUCCCUACCUCCAGUCACACACCUUGACCUCACCCCCAGCCCUGAUGUGCCCCUCACGAUCAUGAAAAGGAAACUGAUGAACACCAAUGAUCUGGAGGAGUCCAGGCAGCUCACGGAGGAGAUCCAGCGGCAUCUGGAUGCCAGGCACCUCAUUGAGAAGUCAGUGCGCAAGAUCGUCUCCUUGCUGGCAGCAUCCGAGGCUGAGGUGGAGCAGCUCCUGUCCGAGAGAGCCCCACUCACGGGGCACAGCUGCUACCCAGAGGCCCUGCUGCACUUCCGGACUCACUGCUUCAACUGGCAUUCCCCCACGUACGAGUAUGCGUUAAGACAUUUGUACGUGCUGGUCAACCUUUGUGAGAAGCCGUAUCCGCUUCACAGGAUAAAAUUGUCCAUGGACCACGUGUGCCUCGGUCACUACUGAAGAGCUGCCUCCUGGAAGCUUUUCCAAGUGUGAGCGCCCCACCGAUUGUGUGCUGAUCAGAGACUGGAGAGGUGGAGUGAGAAGUCUCCGCUGCUCGGGCCCUCCUGGGGAGCCCCCACUCCAGGGCUCGCUCCAGGACCUUCUUCACAAGAUGACUUGCUCACUGUUACCUACUUCCCCAGUCUUUUCUGAAAAACUACAAAUUGGGGUGGGGAAAGCUCUGUAUUGAGAAGGAUCAUAUUUGCUUUCUAGGAGGUUUGUUGUUUUGUUUUGUUUUGUUUUGCCUGUUAGUUUUGAGGAGCAGGAAGCUCAUGGGGGCUUCUGUAGCCCCUCUCAAAAGGAGUCUUUAUUCUGAGAAAUUUGAAGCCAAAACCUCUUUAAAUCUUCAGAAUGAUUUUAUUGAAGAGGGCCACAAGCCCCAAAUGGAAAACUGUUUUUAGAAAAUAUGAUGAUUUUUGAUUGCUUUUGUAUUUAAUUCUGCAGGUGUUCAAGUCUUAAAAAAUAAAGAUUUAUAACAGAACCCAAA